AAUCGCCGGUUCCAGCGCUCAGCAACUUUUCAUUGGCGAGAUCUUCCUGGUUGAUACACUGAAACGCUCACAAGGCGCGAUCACCUGAGGCCAAAGUCAACGUCACUAGUGUGCUCCUAGCCAAGGAAAUUUUAUAUAGUAACGAAUUACACGCUCAGUCUGGACCGUGCACGAACGCAGUACGCAGACUAGGCGGAAUAAUUAAAAAUUUAAAAAGCGUAUUUGCCGGAUGCCUUCGACAUGGAACGCACUGCGCAAUUGAUUAUCGGUAUGACGCUGUUGUGCGCCGCAUUGCCAGUCACGCCUAUGAAAUAUGCGGCAUGGGUCCACGGUAGCGCCCUUCAGCAUCGGCACUUGGAAGGAGCCAUCAACGACUGGAAGCUCUUGCACAGCCAAACGGGAUCCGGUGUGGAGAUACGCAGAGGAAGCAGUUCGUCAACUGUCGCCACCUUCGCCCUUCCGAUACCGGCCCCCGUGAUCAUUGAUGACCGCCGGCUGAAAUUUGUCAAAGUGAUGGUGCGCUAUCGAGCGGAAAACGGCGCUUAUAUUGACCGGGUGAUCGUGAACGACCGAGAAAACCAGUUGAACUAUGUCUUUUUCAGUAGCCCCGCCUCUUCGAAACAAAUCCAGAUGAUAACAGUCCAUGCCGCGGCCGGAGUAAACACAGACGCGUUGUGGGGCUACGGUGUGGCGAUUCGCGUUAAUUCUGGGGAUCGGUGUGAUGCUAUCCUGGAAAUUAUCUCUGCUGGAAUAGAUUUUGAUUAACAUUGGAAUCAUGUAGUUCAUAAUUCAGUGUUCUUAUAAAUAUUAUUUUAGUUGGAAUUGUUGAUAACUAAAACGGACUAUUCAUUUACCUGAUAACCGUCAUGUAGCAGCGUAGCUUAGAAAAAUUAUGACGGUAUCAGAAUGUUGUUAUCUCAAACGAUAAGUUCUCUACGGCUGUAAAACUUUUGUACCGGCACCGGUUUAUUGCUUACGUUUCUUGCUUGCAAAUGCUAUUUGGCUGUCACUGAAGGUAUUGUGAUACGAUGAAGCAAAUUGCGAUA